AACACACGACACGACCAUCAGAAGAUGGCGACUAAGCUCGCAGCGCUCAUCCUCCUGGCCGCGUUCAUCGCCGGGCCGGCGGCGUGCGAGGGCGCCAGCAUUUGCUUCAACGGCUGGCUGAGGCUACCCAGCUACAACCCGCGGCUCUGUCGCUCGAGGCCAGACAUUCAGCGUCGGCAGAGGAUACCUUCUCCCUCCGGGUCAGGGCUCAGCUACGGCUAUUACAACAGCAGGUGCCCUAGCGCGGAGAAGCUCGUCACGGCUGCCGUGAGGAAGGCUGUGGCUGCGAACCCCGGCAUUGGUGCAGGGCUCAUCCGUCUCUUCUUCCACGACUGCUUCGUUCGGGGGUGCGAUGCUUCCGUUCUCCUCACCGCGACCGACUCUAACAACAUGGACACGGAGAGGGAGGGCCCUCCAAACAAGGACAGCCUGCGAGGGUUCGAGGUGAUCGACGAGGCCAAGGCGGCGAUCGAGGCCGCCUGCCCAGGCACAGUCUCAUGCGCCGACGUCGUCGCCUUCGCCGCCCGCGACGCGUCCUACUUCCUCAGCAACCGCAGGAUCAACAUCCCGACGCAGGGCGGCCGCUAUGACGGGCGCGAGUCCUUUGCCAACGAGACCGACCAGCUGCCCGGGCCCUUCUCCAAUGUCACGGAGCUCCAGGCGAGCUUCGCGGCCAAAGGGCUCACCUCUGACGAGAUGGUCGUGCUCUCCGGUGCACACACAAUCGGCCGCGCCCGCUGCAUGUUUUCCUCCAGCCGUCUCUCUGAGAUGGACCCGGCAUUUGCCGCCAAGCUCAGGGCCCAGUGCAACGGAGAUGACAACACCAACGUGAACCAAGACGAUGUGACCCCCGACGUCCUGGACAGGCAGUACUACCAGAACGUGAUCGACAGGAAAGUGUUGUUCACCUCAGACGCCGUGCUCAACUCGACUGAAACAAUAGCGCAGGUGACAGAAAACGCGAACAGGGCCGGGGCGUGGGAGAGGAAGUUCGAGAGAGCAAUGGAGAAUAUGGGAAAAAUCGGGAUCAAGACCAGAGGCGACCAGCAAGGCGCAGAGAUCAGGAAGGUAUGCUCCAGAGUCAACAACUAACGUCAGCUAGUAGUAAUGCGGGGUCGUUGGCUGGCUCCAUCCAUGGCGGAAUCGCCCGACGAUGAGAUGUAACUCCGUCUAGCUACUGUCAUUGUUGGUUUUCUCAUACUACUAAAACUCUGUGUGUGCCGGCGCGCGUGCGUGUCUAUGUGUGUCUGUUAAUAAAGGUAUACAGUAAGUACCAAG